AUGAAGAUCGAGCAGCAGUUGAACGCGUACGUCGACAAGUAUGUCGCAGAGAACCAAGGAUCGCUCCAAGUCAACAAGACAGCCUCGGGAUCGCUACCUGGAGGGACGACUAGAUCUGUUCUGCAUUACCUGCCUUUUCCAUUGGCAUUCUCGGGAGGCCACGACUGUCACCUGGCAUCCGUAGAUGGCGUCGAGUACCUCGACUUCGUGUCCGAGUACUGCGCCGGCAUGUUUGGCCACUCGCACCCAAACAUCAUCGCUGCGAUCAAUAGCGUUACCAAGUCGGGAUUCACCCUGGGUGGGCCAAGUCCUAAGGAGGGUGAAUUGGCGGCUCUGCUCGUCGAGAGAUUCCAAAGCGUCGAUGCUAUUAGGUUUUGUAACUCGGGAACCGAAGCGAACACCAUGGCGAUUGGCACGGCGUUGCAUUUCAUCGGAAGAAAGAAGGUCUUGGUGUUUGAAGACGGUUAUCAUGGCGGCACUUUAGCUUUCACGCCCAACAACCCGCUGAUUCUCCCCCAUGAUUUCGCGUACGGUCGAUACAACGACAUUGAGUACACCCGGUCGCAAAUCACCGACGACAUUGGCAUCAUCAUCGUCGAGCCCAUGCAAGGCGCCGCUGGCAUGAUUGAAGGAUCGAAAGAGUUCCUCCAGUUCCUCCGAGAUGAAGCCACGCGCAUCGGCGCCAUCCUCAUCUUUGACGAGGUCAUCACCUCGCGACUCAACUACGGUGGCCUGCAAGAGAUUUACGGCAUCACACCGGAUAUGACCACCAUUGGCAAGCACUUUGGCGGCGGCUUCUCGUUCGGCGCGUUCGGCGGCCGCAAGGACAUCAUGGAUCUGUAUGAUCCGCAGGGGCCGCGGAGUCUCUUCCAUUCGGGAACGUGGAACAACAACGUUUUUUCCAUGACUGCGGGCGUCGCUGCCACCAAGCUUUUGUCGAGGGAGGCUCUUCAGAGAAAUAAUGAGCUGGGAAACAGGCUUCGCGACGAGCUGCGUGAAGUGUUUGGGUCCAAGGAUGCGUCUAUUGUCAAGCUCACAGGCUAUGGAAGUGCCAUUGGCUUGCACUUCCAGGGCCCGUCGGCAAGCAAGCUGCAGGACCUCUUCUUCUUUUACCUUCUCAGCACGAGGAUUUAUGUUGGACGUCGUGGGUUCCUUGCGCUGAACCUUACUCAUGGAGAGGAACAUAUUAACAGUGUCGUGAAUGCGGUCAAGGACUUCUGCGCAGAAAUGCUAUGA